GCAAGCAGAAAAGUGAGUGUAUCAGCAAAGUGCAUCAGAGAAAAAAACUGUCUGUCUCCAAUGUGAAAAGCAAUGAGUCUGUAAAAUUUGUGUCUGUGUUGACGAGCAUGUCUAUUUACAAUUGCCAAGGUAUAGAAUGUAACAGCCACUUACUGGCGAUGACAUUUGUUGUAUUUAUCUUGAUCUUUUCACUGACUUUGGUUGCUCACAGAGAAGCAACACAAGAAAUAAGAUCAAAUGAGUACUUUGUAGAAUCCCAGUGGUCUUCCGAUAAUUCAGCCCUUGCCAAAGAACUGACACUCAACUGCAAGACAUCUGGAAAUCAGCAUGGAUCAGUUUAUUGGAAGAAAGACCUGAAAUGGGUAGGAAAUGGCAGGACUUUGACAAUAAGAGUCAGAGAGACUCCAGAUGCUGGCAAAUAUACCUGUUGGAGUAACACCACACAUGAGCUUCUCAGUUCCAAUGUUGUUUAUAUUACAAAGAAGAAUGAAAAAGGAGAAAUAGAUGAACCAAUUCUCAAGAAAGAUCCAGAGAAAAAGACCUAUUUCUACUGUGAAGCAAAUAAUUAUUCAGGGAAUUUCACAUGCUUUUGGGGAGUAAUGAGUCAAAAUUCAAACCUGAAAUUUCGGGUUGAAUAUGAAUAUGAAAAUCAAAUGAAGUCUGGAUCAGGAACAGUAAUUUGUGACUUUAAUCCUGAGAAAACAAAUACAAAAUAUUCAGCUUCCUGCAGAAGAGAAAAUCCCUGUUCAUACACCGAGGAGUAUGAACCAAUUGUGGUGUUUCUUCAUGUUUUCUUGACGGACGUAUUUGUCUAUGAAAAACAUAGCAGAAUUUUCUUCAUCAAGGACAUUUUAAAGCCGGAUAUUUCUCAGUGCCAGGUUACCAGAAAUGGCACACUGAUUUUGUUACAUCCUGCAACCUGGAGCACCCCUGUUUCUUAUUUUGGACUUACUUACCAGAUCAAAAUGGUUUUCAAUAACAAAAUUGAAGAGAUUUCUGAAGUUGAUCAUUCAUCAUUACUUCAACAUGGAAACAUCAUGACCAUUACUAAGAAACUGUGUCGGUUUUCUAGUAACAGGUGCUUAAUUCGAUCCCGGGAUCAUUAUAACAGCCAUUCUGCUUGGAGCAAUUGGUCAAAUUGCAGAGCAGAAAAAUUUGAGGAGUUACUAGCUUUCCUCCACUCUUUAAAAAAGAAUAUUGAGAAAGAAAGUUAA